AGAUGGACCCUAGGAGAAUGCAAGGGCAAAGACUAUUGUGGGUCAGUCCAGCACAGAGGGAUCCCCACUGAGGGCUCUUCACCUGCCCUGGGGACUCAGAACACACAUGACCUGCCCUACUGGAACUCAGGCAGGCACCUCCCCAGGAAGUACCAGGAUCCCCAGAAUACACGGGAGUCACUGAGCCCCUGAUGCCCCUACCUCUGCUAGCACCCCUGCAACACCACAGAGGCAGCCAGCAUGCCGGUCACUAAGUGUCCAAGGAAAGUAGAGCCGCUGUGGAAAGGGUGGGACCGGAAAGCCCAGAAGAACGGACUGAGACACCAAGUGUUUGCUGUGAACGGCGAUCACUACGUGGGCGAAUGGAAGGGCAACUUGAAACACGGGAAAGGAACACAGGUCUGGAAGAAGAGUGGCGCGGUCUAUGAAGGGGAUUGGAAGUUUGGGAAGCGAGAUGGUUAUGGAUCCCUCAGUCAUCCUGAUCCAGAGACCGGAAAACUCAGGAGAGUGUAUUCAGGCUGGUGGAAAGGCGAUAAGAAAUCGGGGUAUGGGAUCCAGUUUUUCGGACCCAAGGAGUAUUACGAGGGUGAGUGGUGUAACAACCAGCGCAGCGGGUGGGGACGCAUGUACUACAACAACGGCGACAUCUACGAGGGCCAGUGGCAGAACGACAAGCCUGAAGGGGAGGGCAUGUUGCGGCUGAAGAACCGGAACCGGUAUGAGGGCAGCUGGGAGAGAGGCAUGAAGAACGGGCAUGGGCGUUUCUUCCACCUGGACCAUGGUCAGCUGUUUGAAGGCUUCUGGGUGGACAACGUGGCCAAGUGUGGCACCAUGAUCGACUUUGGCCGUGACGAGGCCCCUGAACCCACCCAGUUCCCCAUUCCUAAGGUGGAGAUUCUAGACCCAGAUGGUGUGCUGAAGGAAGCGUUGGAUAAGCUGAUGAAGCCCGAGGAAGAGGAAGCCUCUCCGUGUCCCUGAACAAUGCUGACCUUCUGAUAUCACUAACGGGCCGGGCAUGACCAGAGAGGGCAAAUCUCUUGCUUCCUUAUAGUCCAGCUUUUCUUUCUUGGUUACUCCUCUCUGAAACACGAGUUCUUAGAAGA